GCCCCUCCUGGAGUCUCGCUUACCUUUUAGCCAUGUUAUUGUUUUGUUCUGAUUAUUAUUUUUUUAAUUAGCAAAAUCUAAAUGUUAGAUCUGACUGUAAUUAUAUUUAAAAAGUGUUUAGUGUGUAAAUGCGUUAAUAUGCAGAUGAAGUUAAUGAACUGUGUAGUGCUGAGUUUAACACAAGCUGUAUAGGUGCUUAAAGGAAAUCCAGUGCAUUCAUCCUACAUGCAUGUUUGGAUAUUUUAGUGUCAUAUGGUGCUGAAUUUAAUUUAUUAACUGAAGAAAACCUUUAUUUUUAGUUGCAAAGAUGUAGCUAGACCUGGCAGUCCCAUAAGUGAGAACAGCCUUUCAGAAUGAACGACAUGAACCUCAGUCCGGUGGGCAUGGACCAGCUCAGCGUGCCCUCCGUCAGUGCCAGUCAUCUGGGCCUUCCUACCUCGCCCACUCACAGCCACAACCCCAUCACCACUCCAGGAAUGCCGGUCGCCAUACCGAGCCUGGGGCCGUCUCUCGGCCCGCUGCCCUCGGCGCUGUCCCUGAUGUUACCCAUGGGGCCGUUGGGAGACCGAGGAGUCAUGUGUGGUCUUCCAGAGAGGAACUACACCCUGCCUCCUCCCCCGUACCCUCACCUGGAGAGCAGCUAUUUCAGACACAUCCUCCCAGGUAUUUUGUCGUAUUUGGCCGAUCGUCCUCCGCCGCAGUACAUCCACCCCAGCAGCCUUAACAUGGACGCCACUCUGUCCGUGCCCAACAACAACCCUUCAUCCCUCGACCCCUACAGCGGCCCAGGCGGACAUUUAGAACAAGGCCUGGUGUCCAUAGACUCACGGCAGGGUGACCUCCACCAGGGCGGCGCUCACGAGGUGCAGCUGGACGCCGCUGGGCUCGCGAUGGAGUCACGUGUGAACAGCCCCAUGUCUCCUGACGGGAUGGGGGAAGAGCUGGCCAACAUGGACGGAGUGGUAGUGACCGCAGACACGCAGCAGCCUCUCGGCGGCAGGAAUCAACCCCACGAGAGCCUGGAGGGAGGCGUCAUGGCCCUGCACGGCCCCGGACUGGAGCUGCCCGUGGUGAUGGAGCAGGAGCACAUGAGUGGACGUGUAGGGAGCAGCUCAGGAACCGGAGCUGCAGGAGCUCUGAGUGAAGCUCUACACUCUAACGGUGAGCUGAACUCGGGCGUGGUCAGUGUGGUGCUCACCGGGGCCAUGGCACCACAGACUCAGCUCGAACCUGUGUCACUGCACAGCUCGGGCAUGGGGCUGGAGCCCGUAAACGUGUCCCCAAUCACCGCCGAGGUCUCUCUCGGCCCCGAUAACAGCCUCGUCCUGGUCAACUCCACGUUACAGCUGGAGAACGCCACCGCAAACAAGGAGAACAUGACCACUGCUUUCACGAUUUGGUGCACUUUAUGUGAGCGCUCUUACAGCUCCGACUGUCCUGAACACGGCCCUGUCACCUUCAUCCCAGACACGCCCAUUCAGAGCAGAGCCCGCCUCUCUUUGCCCCGCCCACUGUGCCUGCGUGUGUCUGUGGCUGACGAGCCCAACGGUGUGUUUGCACGGGAGACGAUUCCCAGCAGGACCUGCUUUGGCCCGAUGGUCGGACAGCACUGCAGCAGCGUAGAGCUCUCAGACUGGACUGAUAAAGACACGCCUCAACUCUGGAAGAUGUUCCACAACGACAUCUUAGAGUUCUGCAUAGUGACGACUGAUGAAAACGAAUGCAACUGGAUGAUGUUUGUGAGAAAAGCAAGGACGACAGAGGAGCAGAACCUGGUGGCGUAUAUUGAUAACGGGAAGCUGUUCUUCUGUACGUCCAGAGAGAUUGUCCCCGAGCAGGAGCUGUUAUUCUAUUACAGCAGGGAAUACAGCAGACAGCUGGGUGUACCCCACGUUCCAGAGGGUCAAAUCUGCCACUGUGGAAAAGAAUGCACCUCCUUCUCUGAGUUCAAAUCUCACCUCAGCAGCCACGCCCACAGCCACAGCCCCUCCCAGGAAGACCCCACUCACGGCGUCCACGGUCAGCCCCACCCCCAGGAGAAGCUGGCCAGCGAGGCCCCCAGUACCACCUCGUCUCCGUCGUGGCAGUGCCAGUCUCAGGGUGACGCUCAGUCCAGCAGCGGUCAGGGAAAUGGUCAGCGUCAUGGCAGAGAGAGGAAGUUUAAGUGCAGCAUGUGCUCGCGAGCAUUCACGACCUCCACCAAACUCAACGUGCACUUCAUGGGCCACAUGGGCGUGAGGCCACACAAGUGCAGCUACUGCAGCAAAGCCUUCAGCGACCCGAGUAACCUGAGGAUGCAUCUGAGAAUCCACACAGGUCAGAAGAACUUCAGGUGCAGUGUGUGUGGAAAGUCCUUUACCCAGAAAGCCCACGUAGAGUCUCACAUGGUCAUUCACACAGGAAUCAAGAACAUCAAGUGUGACAACUGUGACAAGACAUUCAACAGGAAACAGGAUCUCAAGCAGCACAUGUAUUCUCACUCGCUCGACCGUCAGAUCACCUGCCCGAAGUGCGACAAACAGUUCCUCAAAACCGAUCACUUAAAGAAGCACCUCAACUCCCAUGACGGGAAAAGAGACUUCAUCUGUGAAAAAUGCAACAAGGGCUUCCUCACGAAAUACCAUCUGACACGCCAUCUGAAAAUCUGCAAAGGCCCAAAGACAGGCAGAGGGGCCGCUCAUGAAGAGGAAGGAGAGGAGGAAGACGGGGAUGAGGAAGAAGAACCAGACGAAGAACAGGAAAGAGAUUUAAGAGCACCAGACGAGAGAAAAGAGUGUGACAUUGGCAUUGUGGGGUUUUCCUCAGAUAAGACUCUGUAACCUCUCACUGUGAUUUUGCGAUUUGCUUUCUUUAGUACUUUACACUUUAUUUAGUACUUUUUAUUCAGUUUACAUUCUGUUUUACUUUCUGAUGUGCCAAGUUAUUUGUACGCUCUGAUGUAUGGAACAAUUCAUGAAGAUGAAACUUGCUCAGCUCAGAGGAUGCCAGUGGUGGUCAGAAAAAACACGCUGUAUCUGAAACACUGCCAUUUUAAUGUUUAGUGAAAUCAGUUCCUUUUUUACACUUUGCCUUAGUUGUUAUUUAUUUGUAUAAUUUCAUUGAGUGAAGCCACCGUACAUUAUGAAAUGAGGUCAUUUACAAAUAAAUUAAUUUCUAUAAAUCUUG